AUGAGGCCUCACCGCCGGGCCCUCUUCAUCGCGGAGCACAGCCCGGGCGCCGGGGACUGCGAGGAGCACUGGUCCAGCUGCCACACGCCACCGCCGGUUCCCAGCUCCCCUGAUUUCGGCCCUGGCCCUUCCCCAUCGCUGCCUCCCUCCUUUGGGGGGAUUCCAUCGCGCCCUCCCGUUUUCCCGCCGUCGCCUGCUCCCGCGCAUAACGGCAGGAGGGACCAGGGAGGAGGGAUGCAGGGAUACGGGCCUCCACCACCCGGCGUCGGCGGCGCAGGCGACCACGACCGACGGCAGUUCGUCAAGUACGUGCUCAUCGCCGCCGGGGUGAUCGCCUUCGUCUCGCUGAUCCUGCUCGGCGUCUCGGUCGCCGUGCGGCGCCGGCAGGUCCGGCGGAGGCGGCAGGCGCUCCUCUCGCCGUCUAUCAACACCGGAGGCGCGGCGAACGUCGACGGCGGCGGCGGGCACGACCACGAGUGGGGCGGAGGAGGAGGAGGCGGAGGCGGGGUGGUGCACCACGUCUGGAACAUCCGGACCGUGGGGCUCGACGAGGCGUCGAUCAGCUCCAUCGCCGUCAACCGGUACCGCGCCGGGGCGGGGCUCCUGGGCGCGGCGGACUGCUCCGUCUGCCUCGGCGAGUUCCAGGACGGCGAGCUCGUGCGCCUGCUGCCCAAGUGCGCGCACGCGUUCCACGUCCCCUGCAUCGACACCUGGCUCCGCGCGCACGUCAACUGCCCGAUCUGCCGCUCCGACGUGCUCGACCCCGCCGUCACAGCCGCCUCCGCCUCCGGAGGAGGAGGCAGCGAGAGCGUCGAGUCCAGCUCCAGCCCGCCAGCUGAUCCAGACGCGAAUGCCAACGCCGCAGCAGAUCAAGAUGGCGCGGCGAGCGACGCAGCCCCGGAUCACGAAGGAGAGGAGAGCGACGGCCGAGACACUUCACCCGCACAAGAGGACCAGCAAGAGCAAUCCAGCUCCGCACAGCCGCCGCCGCCGCCGGAACUCUUGUGCCCGCUGCCGCGUAACGUGCGGCGCGCGGCGUCCAUGGACGCUGUGGCAGUGUCGACUGCGGCGGACGUCGCGGAGCUAGACCGGCUGCCGGAGGUAGCUCCUGAAGAGGAGCAGAUCGGUGGGAGGCGGAAGCGCUGGCCUGGCCCGUCCCGCGAGAAGGCAUCGGGUUCGGGCCAUCGGAGCAACCUCAGCACCGACAGGCUGGCUCCCAGUGGUGUCCCGAGGAUGGAUCGGUUCCCCCUUCUUGAUCCAAGGUUCGAUGAGCACCACCGGGCUCGGAGGAUCGAGAACGGAGAGGUUUUGAAUGUGCUGAGGCCAAUGACACAUGAGGCCUCUACGACCAUGGUCUACGACGAGAGAUUUGGAUGUGGGAGAGGCUUCCAGUUGGGAGACCGCAUCAGCUUGAUCCCCCACAACCUUGGUUUCCUCAAGGAGACACAGUUGUCGCCCCUACCGUGGAACACCUCUACGAGCGAGCCCAUGGAACUUACCACAUGUCACGCCACGCGUACAUUAGCUUCACCAAUGAGCUGGACACCCUUUUGCCAUAGCAUGUUCAGCAGACAAAAAAAUAAGAAGAUCACCAACUGGCAGCUGGAGCACCAGCGCUACAUUGAUGAGUGGAUGUUGAUGGAGCAGAACAACAUGGGCAUCCACACCGUCCAUUGUGACAAGGCAUUCGAUGAUUACCUUGUUUGGCUUGGUCAACGAACAAGGCUUCAAUUGAGGCCCACUUGGACGGAGCAAGACAUUGCUGACAUUACGAGCAAGGAUGAGGGCAACAACCCAUAUGACCAAGCUACCCGAGAAGGCAGGCAAGUUGAGAUCGCCCCUGCGUUAGCCAGAGCUAGCACGGAGAUAAUGAGGAUAGUGGCCGAGCAAGGAAGGGCAUUGAUGAUUCCUGUGGGCGAUCCCGAUGAGGCCUCCAUGUUACGACAACACAUUCAGCGUGCCAUGCAUCGCCUCUGGAAGGUAGCUACACGCCUUGGAUGUAGACAUGCCCCGGAUGUGGCAGUCCCACAACAGCUUGGUGCUGGACCUUCUACUGCACAUGUUGGAGGGACUUCAUCUUCACAUGGUGCACAUGUUGGCGGGACUUCUUCUUCACAUGGUGCAGCAACUAGUGCAGAGGGUGGUCAAGGACAUGGUCCUUAUGAUGAUGAAGAUGAUGAAGGACAGGGAGAGUACUGUGAGCAUGAGUAUGAUGAGAUUGGCAUGUCCCAGCUUGAAGAUGCACCCCAAGGAACUCAAGGCCCCUCCGAUUCUGGACGUCCACAGAGGACGCUCAGACCAGUGGACAGGUACACUCCAGGAAAAAGAGAGAUCAAGGUGAAAAGGAGCAUUGGAGAAGGAACGAACUAA